AUGGCUGAAACUUAUUUCAAGAUUGUUCUCGAUCUGAACAGAACGGAGCUUGUGAAAAUCUACGAUUUACUUGAUGGGCGAGUCUUUCCAACUCCCAUUCCUAUGAGUGAUAAAGCUUCCGUGGUUGCAAAUAUCCUUUAUUUGGACGAUUCUAUCCUUGGUCGCGGAAAGAAAUACUUUUUCAAAAAAGACAAAGACGGCUUUGUUGGAUAUCUACCCGAAUUUGCCACCGAUCAUCCAAAUGUGGCAGAUUCGAUUGAACAAAAAUAUGCGAAAAGACGCCACCGACUGGAUCUCGAUCGAAUCAAGACAUCUAAAGCAGCCAAAGAUAUCAACUCCUUGAUCGCGAAUUUACCAAUCACUGAUAGCGACAUUGAGGACGAGCUCGAUUUGUCCGACGAUGAUUCUGUUAAUGAGGCGGAGGCGACGGUAAUUCCAAAUGCUCAAAACACAGGCAACCGCCCAAAUAUCAAGAAGGAAAAGAAAGAACCAAAGCCACGAGUGCAAAAUCUGCAGUAA